UCUCUGCAUUGACACCAUGUCUCUCUCUGUCUACAAUUCUGGGACCUCCCAACAGGCUUCAUCUCGCAGUGGGGUGGGAGGCCGCCGGCUCAGCCGGUUGUCUAGCACCAGUAGUGGAGGAGGCUUUGGUGGAAACAUUUUUGGCUCUGGAGCAAGCUCUGGGGGUGGUUUUAGUGUUGUAUCUAUGUUUGGUUCCAGUUCUGGCUUUGGGAGCACCUCCAGGAGUGCCUUUGGAGGAGGACUGGGUGGUGGUUAUGGAGCAGGACUGGGCAGUGGUUAUGGAGCAGGACUGGGCAGUGGUUAUGGAGCAGGACUAGGCAGUGGUUAUGGAGCAGGAUUGGGCAGUGGCUUUGGAGCAGGACUGGGGAGUGGUUAUGGAGGAGGACUGGGCAGUGCCUCAAUGGGUAUUCCAUGUAGUAAUGAUGGAGUCCUUCUUUCUGGAUCAGAAAAGGAAACCAUGCAAAAUCUUAAUGACAGAUUGGCUUCCUACCUGGCUAAAGUCCGGGCUCUAGAGGAAGCAAACACUGACCUGGAGAACAAAAUUCGAGACUGGUAUGAAACACGUGUGACUGGAGACUCUGCAUCAGGAAAUGAUUAUGAAAAAUAUUACCCAUUAAUAGAAGAUCUUAAGAAUAAGAUUAUUUCAGCCACAAUAGAGAAUGCUCGACUCAUUUUGCAGAUUGAUAAUGCAAGAUUGGCAGCUGAUGAUUUCAGGAUGAAGUAUGAAAAUGAGCAGGCCCUACGUCAAAAUGUCGAAGCUGAUAUUAAUGGCCUGCGCAAAGUGCUGGAUGAAUUGACCUUGGCCAGGGCUGACUUGGAGAUGCAGAUUGAAAGCCUGAUGGAAGAGCUGGCUUUUCUUAAGAAGAACCAUGAAGAGGAACUUCAAGCUAUCCAGGCUGGGGGACCCGGCCAAGUUAGUGUGGAGAUGGAUGCUGCUCCAGGAAUCAACUUAACCAAACUCCUGAAUGACAUGAGAGAGCAAUACGAAGCUAUUGCCGAGCAGAAUCGCAAGGAAGCCGAAGCUUGGUUCGUCGAAAAAAGUGGAGAACUCAAGAAGGAGAUCAGCAGCAACACAGAACAGCUUCAGACGAGCAAGAGCGAAAUAACGGACUUGAAGCGCAUGCUGCAAAGUUUAGAAAUUGAGCUCCAAUCUCAGCUUGCUAUGAGAAAGUCCUUUGAAGAUACAUUAGCUGAAACCGAAAGUGGUUACUGCAACCAGCUCUCCCAGAUCCAGCUCCAAAUUGGCAAUCUGGAGGCCCAGCUUUGCCAGGUGAGGAGUGAUAUGGAGCGUCAGAAUGCAGAGUAUGAACAACUCCUAAACAUCAAGACUCGGCUGGAGAUGGAGAUUGAGACCUACAGGCGUCUGUUGGAGGGAGAAGGUGAAGGGAAUGGUGCUAUUGAAAGUUUAACUGUGCCAGAAUCCAAUUCUCAAGCACAUUCAAUUGAUUCUUCCAAAGAUCCAACCAGAACAAGAAAAAUCAAGACAAUUGUGCAGGAGGUAGUGGAUGGAAAAGUUGUUACUUCGGAAGUUCGGGAAAUUGAAGAAGAAAUUGGCUCUUGAAUCAAGAAAAGAAAUUCACAAGAAGAAACAUUACCAUUCUAAAGCUUUUAGUUUUUAUUUGCUAAUUCAUUCUCUGUAUCUUUCAGUCCCUUCCAAUAGGUUUAAAGAAAAUAAUUCCUAUUCUCUUUUGGUGCCUUUUUUUAGUCUUUUAUGGCAAGGAAUAUACUAAUUUAAGAAGCCAAUGUGACCUUUUAACAUAAUGGAUUUUGCCUUUCAGUCUUCAGCAUUCAGAGAAGUCCUUUAAUGCACAGAUUUCUGAUAGCUAGGAAACAUAGUAGGGGGAUGAAUGUUGAAGAGGUGAAGAAGAAACAGUUUACUUAUCUGAUGCUAUUAUUUCUUAAGCUAUAUAAAUGUAAAGAUUUGCAGCUUCUUUAGAAAAAUCAUUAUAUAAGUUUGUAAACUGA